AUUAACGGCCUCGUGUUCUCUUCUGCUCUUGCGGGAUUGGAGAGCUUCGUCACGUACGAGUUCCAGAUCCUCGCCUACACUAGGAUAGGGAAUGGGCCGAGAAGCACAGCGGUCAGAGCAAGAACUUUACAGUCCAGCCCAGGUCCUCCUUCUCGCGUCCAUUUUACAAACGUUAGCAGGACGUCCGUGACGAUAGCGUGGGACCCACCAGUCUACCCCCGUGGUGUGAUAACGAGAUAUAGAGUGGCGUACCGUUUUAAUUCAACGUCGUCUGGUUUUAUAUGGCAAAGCUUACUCGGCCGUAAUGAACGGCAAAGAACUGCUGGGGGGCUGAAUGCUCAGUCGUUUUAUCGUUUCUUCGUAUGGGCCGGCACAAACACCAGCUGGAGCGACCCGCCCGCAGAAGUUGUUGUAUAUACCGGAGGCUCAACAGAACCCCCAGAUACGCCAUUCAUUCUGCCGAUAUAUUUUUCGGACAUCAGCGAGCGGUGGAUAAUCGUUAAAUGGCAAGCCACUUCGGAUGUUAAAAGUCCCUUGAGGUUCUUCACGUUGCAGCUGAACAAAAAUGGCGAGGGCUGGCAGGUGUACUCUCCAAACGUUCCUCACAGUUCACGGAGCCUUAAAGUGGAAGGUCUUAUUCCAGGAGAGACUUACACGUUCAGGAUCAUGGCUACUAACGACAGAGGCAACAGUCCAUAUAGUGUUGCGUCCACGGCUGUCUCUACUCGCCUUGCCCGUAUGGACAAACCAGAGAAUGUCAAGUUAAUAGUAAAUGACUCAAACAUCUGUAAGGGCGAUAUCAUCAGUAUCAACUGUUCAGCGGACGGUAAACCUAGUGUUCAUACUUAUCAACUGUUCGAGAAUGAUAUACAAGUGCCUGAUAGUGACACAGCAGGAGUAUGGAAGCGAACGAUGUCAGCGCAAGGAAACUUCAAGUACAGAUGUGUGGCCAACAACACUGUAGGCACAAGUGAAAAGAAUGUUACAGUUACCGUCAAUGUCCCAGCAGUUAUUUAUCCACUGGAAAACAUCACUGUUACAGAAGGUGAAAAAAGGACUUUAACAUGUUAUGUUUCUGGGAGUCCUACUCUAUCUGUAACAUGGACAGAGGUGAGGACUGGAGUCCGUACAAUGGGAAUCACAUGUGAGCUCACACAUAUCAACAGGAAUGAGUCUGGGAAAUAUAACUGUGAAGUGCGCAACUCUUGUGGAAAUGCUACCACAAGCAUCUUUCUCGUUGUGCAGUGUAAGUGACAGUAUUUUUUUAGCUUUAUUCUGACUGUUUCUUUUUAGAUUAGACAUGUUUCUCAGCUAGGUAGGCUAA